AUGGCUCCUGCUAGUUCCAGCUCUCUCCCACGCGUCGGCGAAUACGACGUCGUCUGCCACCACUGCAACGCCAGUGUCGAUAGUCUUCAUCGAAGCGUCUCGGAGCAAAGUGGAAAGACUGGAAAUAGCUCUCAGAUCCCCUCCUUACCACUUACGAAACCGAACAAGAUCUACGCCGGUGCAUUUCUUUCACAAUCAUCACAGGAGGCACUUUCACCUCUGGCAUCGAGCUAUCUAAUGUCCUUGAAACAACCACUCUUUCACACGCCUGGAUACCCUGCAUGCUUCACAGAACUUCCUUUUUAUGCGAACCUGCAGAGCCCUUUUGUUGGAAUGUGUCUCAUCAACAUUAAAGACUGCUGCCAAAGGAUUCGAGCGAGGAAGGCCGAAACUCGAGCAGGGAGGGCGCUAAGACAGCCAUGGAACGCAGAAAAUCAGGCACAAAACGGUGAUGGUUCACCUCCGGAUUCUACAACUCCUCUAACUCCUACCAACUUGCCAAGCGCUUCAAAUGUGCAGAAUGCUGUGGCUGGUCCGAGUGGUCAGGGUCAAAUCCAAAAUAACCAGGGGCAUGGAGUGGACGACGACGACGACGACGAGAUCAGGCCGGCACCAGUAGGCAACAAUGCAGGCAAUGCAUCUAUCGCACCUUUUCAAGCUGAUGGGAUCCAGGAAACGGGACAAAUUCCUGUACCAAAGGCUCCAUUAAGUUCCAAGCCACAAGAGUCCGAUCGUCCUGUUAGACAGGAAACGCAACCAGUUCCUAUACAGGGGGCCCCGUCGAAGUCUGCGCCACAGGAGCCCGAACGUCUUGCUAGACAGCAAACGCAGCCAGUUCCUAUACCAGGGGCCUCAUCGAGGUCCGAGUCACAAGAAUCCAAUCGCUCUCCUAAGCAUAAGACGGACUCACCCCCAUGCCAGAAACAGGCACUCCAGCAAUUCCAAGUCGACCAGUCACCCAUUUUCCCAUUUUCACCUUCCGAAGCCAGUCUAGAUAGCAAAUUGAGGAUAGGCACUCCAUCUGCUAGAAAAGAGGAUAUGGACAUGUAUGAUAUCUCACGUCGCUCAUGGGCUGCUUCACCUCAACCUACAAAAUCGUCGCAGCCGCAAGCAGCCUCAGAAAGAACUUUCGAAGGCGGUUCGGCCUAA